AUGCAUCGAGCAAUAAACGCACUCACGCUUCUCUUCAUGAUCCCGAUCGCGCAAGGAUACGGCCCCAGCUACUACUGCUCGCCGAGCCUCUGCCCACAUGGUGGACCCAACGUAGGUUGCAAUCCACCACCGCUGGCAGGCGGCCACUUCUGCUACGGCAAGUCGGCCAGUGUUGUACCACUGACUGCCGCGAUUCAGGCGCACAUCCUGCACCUGCACAACCUCUAUCGAUCGCGCGUCGCUUCCGGCUACCAAUUUCCACUGGCACCGGCCGCUCGCAUGUACACAAUGGUGUGGGAUGACGAGCUGGCUUCUCAGGCUGGCAAUAAUGCACGUUCGUGCGUUUUCGCCCACGAUCGAUGCCGCAACACGCCGCAGUUUUACACCUCCGGGCAGAACAUUGCGCUAAUAAAGUUCUACGAGUCGACUUACUCGGUCAACGAUUUGAUAACACGCUUCAUUACCGGCUGGUGGAGUGAGUACCAGUACACGAAACCGGCUCACAUCGAGAUGUUCACUCGGUCCCAAGCCAAGAAGAUCGGUCACUUCACUAUGAUGGUCAACGAUCGCACCUGGAAGGUCGGGUGCGCCAUGCAAAACUGGGUCGAGGGAGGUGCCACGAAGGUAUACUUUGUGUGCAACUAUUCGUACAACAACAUCAUCACCCAGAAGGUAUACACCACGGGAAGUCCCGGGUCCCAAUGCCAGGCUGGCCUCAAUCCCAGCUAUCCGGGACUUUGUAGAACGUGA